AUGCAUUCAUCGGCUGCUCGCCUAGCUACUUUCUUUUUCGCUCUAGGUGCGGGUGCAGCAACAGUCCCCAAUUCAACAUGGCCGAUACAGACGUACCACAGCACCGACAUCCGCGCAGGCUCCUUUAACACCACAAAGUACGGCGAGACGGAGCCAGGAUACAUAUUCGUCACGCCUUGGGUUGGAGGUCGCAGUGGACAUCCCUCGAUCUACCAGGAUGACGGUCAGCUCAUCUGGCAAGGCCCGGAGGGAAACAUUUACGGUUUUCGACCGCAGACGCUGCAUGAUGAGCCCAUGCUCGUUUACUGGGAAGGUCCUUUCACCAAAGAAGGCUAUGGGUACGGUGCUGUCAAUCUGCUCAACAGUUCCUACCACCCGGCCCACAAAAUCACCCUUUCCGAUGAAUAUUUCAAAACGAUUUACGAGCCGCAGACGUUUCCAUCCUACAUAGACCUGCAUGAGGGAAUCAUUGAGAAUGACAAGGGAUCCCUGCUUGUAGCCGCUGUCAAUGUUACUCAGGCCGACCUUCGGUCUGUGGGUGGGCCUGAGGACGGCUGGGUUUUAGACUCCCUGAUUUACGACAUUGAUAUUGCGACGAACAAGGUGCUAUUUCGCUGGAGUGCGGUAGAACAUAUCGACGAAAUCCCGUUCAAGCUGUCUCAAAGCCCGCUUGACAGAACUGGAACAUCUGAGAAAAAUCCAUGGGACUUUUUCCGCACGUCGUCUACUGUCAGGUACGGGGACGAUUACCUCGUGUCAUGGGGGUUUGGAUGCAGCGUCCUCCAUAUUGCCCGCAACGGAACAGUUGCCUGGAACCUCAGUGGAAUAAACGGCGGUGACUUCAAACUUGGCCCUGAUGCCAAUUUUUGCUAUCAGUAUGGUCUCCGGCUCAACGAGUACCCGGACAAGAACAAGAUCACUAUCACCAUGCACAACAACGCCAACUCAAAAUUCAGCACAAAAACACAGCCAACAGUCGGACUUGUCUUGGACCUUGACCUACAGAAAAUGGAAGCUGUUCGGAGGCGAAGAUUGUGGAAUAAGAAACAUCCAAUCGUCUCUCGAGAUUUGGGAAGCUUUCAGAGUCUGGCUAAUGGACAUAUAUUGAUGAAUCACGGACAAAUCCCGGUGAUUGAGGAAUAUAAUGGAAAUGAUACACUUGUCAUGAGCCUUCGCUAUGGCGAUGAUAUAGUCGACGCUUCUUAUCGCGUGCAUCGAGUUGCCUGGACCGGAACACCAACAACCAAGCCAAGUGUCAAAGCAUGCCGCAGCACCACGAAUAAGGAGGAAUUAACAGUUUAUGUGAGCUGGAAUGGAGUUACAGACGUGGAGUCGUGGAAGGUAUAUGAAGCCUUGGAUGGAGGAGAGCUGAAAGAGAUUAAAGACGAGCCGAGGAGUGGAUUUGAGACGACAGUACAGGCGCAGAGUUCGGGCAACAAAGUUGUAGUUGCUGCAGUUGGCGGACCUAAUGACGGCGUAAAAUCUGAGCCUGUGAUGGCUGGUAGCUGCUAA